AGAGUAAUCCACAUAUGUGUGUUUGGCAGGUGGAAGGAAAGCAAGCCAGGAUGGACAUUUACGACACACAGACCUUAGGGGUGGUGGUCUUCGGCGGCUUCAUGGUUGUCUCCGCCAUCGGCAUUUUCCUGGUGUCGACCUUCUCCAUGAAGGAGACAUCGUAUGAAGAAGCUCUGGCCAACCAGCGCAAGGAGAUGGCAAAGACUCACCACCAGAAAGUGGACAAGAAGAAGAAGGAGAAAACAGUAGAAAAGAAAGGAAAGACCAAGAAAAAGGAAGAGAAGCCCAAUGGGAAGAUACCCGACCAUGAAGCGGCCCCAAAUGUGACCAUCCUCCUCAAAGAACCUGUGCGGGCACCUGCAGUGGCUGUGGCUCCAACCCCGGUACAGCCCAUGGUCAUUGCCCCUGUAGCCACAGUACCUGCCAUGCCUCAAGAGAAUCCAGCUUUCUCCCCUAAAGAUAAGAAGAAAAAGGAGAAAAAAGUGGCGAAGGUGGAACCGGCAGUCAAUUCUGUGGUCAAUUCCAUCCAGGUUCUUGCCUCAAAGGCUGCCAUCUUGGAAACUGCUCCCAAGGAGGUGCCUAUGGUGGUUGUGCCCCCAGUGGGUGCCAAGACUAGUAUCUCAGCUUCCAGCACUGCUCAGGGCAAAAAGAGUGAAGGGGUCCUAAACCAGGGCAAGAAGGCUGAUACUGCUCAGAACCAGGGCAAAAAGGCAGAAGGAGCCCCAAACCAGGGCAAGAAGGCUGAGGUUGCACAGAAUCAGGGCAAGAAGACUGAGGGCACCCCAAACCAGGGCAAGAAGGGUGAGGGUGCUCAGAAUCAGGGCAAGAAGGCCGAGGGUGCUCAGAAUCAGGGCAAGAAGGCUGAGGGUGCUCAGAAUCAGGGCAAGAAGACUGAGGGUGCUCAGAAUCAGAGCAAGAAGGCAGAGGGAACCCCGAACCAGGGCAAAAAGACAGAGGGCACCUCAAACCAAGGCAAGAAAGCUGACAGUGCUCAGAACCAGGGCAAGAAGGCUGAGGGUUCUCAAAACCAGGGCAAGAAGGCUGAGGGUGCUCAGAAUCAGGGUAAGAAGGCUGAGGGUGCUCAGAAUCAGGGCAAGAAGGCUGAGGGUGCUCAGAAUCAGGGCAAGAAGACUGAGGGUGCUCAGAAUCAGAGCAAGAAGGCAGAGGGAACCCCGAACCAGGGCAAAAAGACAGAGGGUUCUCAGAACCAGGGCAAGAAGGCUGAGGGUGCUCAGGUCCAGGGCAAGAAGACUGAGGGCACCCCAAACCAGGGCAAGAAGGGCGAGGGUGCUCAGAACCAGGGCAAGAAGGCCGAGGGUGCUCAGAACCAGGGCAAGAAGGGCGAGAGUGCUCAGAACCAGGGCAAGAAGGCCGAGGGUACUCAGAACCAGGGCAAGAAGGCCGAGGGUGCUCAGAACCAGGGCAAGAAGGGCGAGAGUGCUCAGAACCAGGGCAAGAAGGCCGAGGGUGCUCAGAACCAGGGCAAGAAGGCUGAGGGCACCCCAAACCAGAGCAAGAAGGGCGAGGGUGCUCAGAACCAGGGCAAGAAGACUGAGGGGGUCCAGAAUCAAAGUAAAAAGGGAGAAGGAACUCCUAACCAGAGCAAAAAGGCAGAAGGGAGCCCCAACCAGGGCAAGAAGGGAGAGGGAACUUCCAACCAGGGUAAAAAGGCAGAAGGAGCCCCCAGCCAGGGAAAAAAGGCAGAUUCAGUUGCUAAUCAGAGCACAAAGGCAGAGGGUGUUACAAACCAAGGGAAAAAAGCAGAGGGAACACCAAACCAGGGCAAAAAGGCAGAAGGGUCCCCCAACCAGGGCAAGAAGGGCGAGGGUGCUCAGAACCAGGGCAAGAAGGGCGAGGGUGCUCAGAACCAGGGCAAGAAGGGCGAGGGUACUCAGAACCAGGGCAAGAAGGCCGAGGGUGCUCAGAACCAGGGCAAGAAGGCUGAGGGCACCCCAAACCAGAGCAAGAAGGGCGAGGGUGCUCAGAACCAGGGCAAGAAGACUGAGGGGGUCCAGAAUCAAAGUAAAAAGGGAGAAGGAACUCCUAACCAGAGCAAAAAGGCAGAAGGGAGCCCCAACCAGGGCAAGAAGGGAGAGGGAACUUCCAACCAGGGUAAAAAGGCAGAAGGAGCCCCCAGCCAGGGAAAAAAGGCAGAUUCAGUUGCUAAUCAGAGCACAAAGGCAGAGGGUGUUACAAACCAAGGGAAAAAAGCAGAGGGAACACCAAACCAGGGCAAAAAGGCAGAAGGGUCCCCCAACCAGGGCAAGAAGGUGGAUGCUGCUGCCAAUCAGGGUAAAAAGACAGAAUCAGCUCCUAGUCAAAGCAAAAAUACAGAGGUACUCCAGAGCCAGGAGGCACCAAAGCAAGAGGCUUCUGCAAAGAAGAAAUCCGGUUCAAAGAAAAAAGGUGAGCCUGGGCCCCCAGAUUCCGACGGCCCUCUCUACCUCCCCUACAAGACUCUGAUCUCUACGCUCGGCAGCAUGGCGUUUAGCGAGGGUGAGGCCCAGCGGCUCAUCGAGAUCCUGUCUGAGAAGGCCGGCGUCAUUCAGGACACCUGGCAUAAGCCCCAGGAGAUGGCAGCGGAAAAGGCCAAGGCAGCAGCGGGGGAGGCCAAGGUGAAAAAGCAGCUGGUGGCCCGGGAGCAGGAGGUCGUGGCCGUGCAGGCACGCAUGCAGGCCAGCUACCGGGAGCACAUGAAGGAGGUGCAGCAGCUGCAGGGCAAGAUCCGGACUCUCCAGGAGCAGCUGGAGAAUGGCCCCAACACCCAGCUGGCCCGUCUGCAGCAGGAGAACUCCAUCCUGAGGGACGCCUUGAACCAGGCCACGAGCCAGGUGGAGAGCAAGCAGAACGCAGAGCUGGCGAAGCUGCGGCAGGAGCUCACCAAGGUCAGCAAGGAGCUGGUGGAGAGGGCCGAGGCUGUACGCCAGGAGGAGCAGCAGCGCAAAGCUCUGGAGGCCAAGGCAGCCGCCUUCGAGAAGCAGGUGCUGCAGCUACAGGUGUCUCACAAGGAGAGCGAGGAGGCCCUGCAGAAGCGCUUGGAUGAGGUCAGCCGGGAGCUCUGCCGGACACAGACCAGCCAUGCCAGCCUGCGGGCAGAUGCCGAGAAGGCCCAGGAGCAGCAGCAGCAGAUGGCCGAGCUGCACAGCAAGCUGCAGUCCUCCGAGGCGGAGGUGAGGAGCAAGCGGGAAGAGCUGAGCGGGCUCCACGGGAAGCUCAAGGAAGCCCAGGCGGAGAACUCUCGGCUCGCCGACAGAAUCCAGUCCAUCGAGGCCCUGCUGGAAGCAGGCCAGGCCCGAGAGGCCCAGGCCAGCCAAGCCGAGGCCGACCAGCAGCAGACUCGCCUCAAGGAUCUGGAGUCCCAGGUGUCAUGUCUGGAGAAGGAGGCCACCGAGCUCAGGGAGACCGUCGAGCAGCAGAAGGUGAAAAACAAUGACCUCCGAGAGAAGAACUGGAAGGCGAUGGAGGCGCUGGCUUCAACUGAGAGGGCCUGCGAGGAGAAGCUGCGCUCCCUGAGCCAGGCGAAGGAGGAGUCAGAGAAGCAGCUCCGCCUGACGGAGGCGCAGACCAGGGAGGCCCUGCAGGCACUGCUCCCCGACCUGUCCGUCUCGGCACAACAGAAUUACACUGAGUGGCUGCAGGAACUCAAAGAGAAAGGCUCCCAGCUGCUGAAGCAGGUGCCAGCUGCCACCGAGCUCCCCUCGGACCUGGUCUCCAAGCUAAAGGAGGCGGAGGAGGCCCAGGGCACGCUACAGGCUGAGUGUGACCAGUAUCGAACCAUCCUGGCAGAGACGGAGGGCAUGCUGAAGGACCUGCAGAAGAGCGUCGAGGAGGAGGAGCAGGUGUGGAAGGCCAAAGUGGGCACCACGGAGGAGGAGCUCCAGAAGUCACGAGUCACGGUGAAACACCUUGAAGAGCUUGUCGAGAAGCUGAAAGGAGAACUCGAAAGUUCAGACCAGGUGAGGGAGCACACCUCCCAUCUGGAGGCGGAGCUGGAGAAGCACAUGACGGCUGCCAGCGCCGAGUGCCAGAACUAUGCCAAAGAGGUGGCAGGGUUGCGGCAGCUUUUAUUAGAGUCACAGUCUCAGCUGGAGGUGGCCAAGAGCGAAGCCCAGAAACAGAGCGAGGAGCUUGCCCUGGUCAGGCAGCAGUUGAGUGUGAUGAAGAGCCACGUAGAGGAUGGGGACGUAGCUGGGUCGCCGGCUGCCUCCCCAGAGGCCUCUCCAGCCGAGCAGGACCCCGUCAAGCUGAAGAUGCAGCUGGAGCGGACAGAGGCCGCCCUGGAGGACGAGCAGGCACGGCGGCGGCGGCUCACAGCCGAGUUUGAGCAGGCACAAACCUCGGCCUGGCGGCUACAGGAGGAGCUGGAGCAGCUCCGUGCAUCCGGGCCCCUGGAGUCCUCAGGGACAGAGGCCACGCAGCUGAAGGAACGACUAGAAAAAGAGAAGCAGCUAACGAGCGACCUGGGGCACGCGGCCACGAAGCUGCAGGAGCUUUUGAGGACGACCCAGGAGCAGCUGGCCCGAGAGCAGGGCACGGUGAAGAAGUUACAGGAACAGCUGGGACAAGCAGAGGACGGUAGCAGCUCAAAGGAGGGUACCUCUGUGUGAGUCUGCUCUGCGGAAAAAGAAGUUACUGUUAACUUACCAAAAUGCCUUACACAUUCCUUACAAAUCAACCAACCAACACAGCGUUAUCCAGGCCCAGCCUCCGGUAGCUCCAAGAGAAGCCAUCAGAGACCAGAGUCUCUUCAAACCUCAGAAAUAGAUCUUCCAGACCCCCGUUUGUAAAAGGACCUUUGAUAAACACUACGGCCCUGGACACUGCCGAGCAGACGCCAAAGCCCUCAACUGUGACAGACCCCACGGGGUGCGCUGGGAGGCCGGGAUGCUCCGGGGAUCUGUAUGUCGAUCAGUGCAAUUGUUUCGUCUGUCUGUAGGGGCGGGGCACCACCAGGCAGUGGCUCUCAGGCUGGGGGCAGGCUGGGAGACCACAGCCGGCGGGGUGGCAGCCUCGCCCCUGGAAGUUGCCAUCCUGAACUGACAUGUGACCUGGAUGUUCACGCCAUUAAAACAGCCUUGUUACCGGC